CCUGGGGCCCCCGCAAUUUGAAGAAUGAUGGAUCGGCUUUUCACUUACUAAAUACUAGUUCUACCUACCGCCUGCUGAAGCUUCUCGCCUGUCCCUUCUCUUCUCCUAUUUCUUCUUCCUCCGCCUUCUCCUUCCUCUUCCUCUUUUACUCCGCCGUACUUCUUCGUCCUUGCGACCUCCUCACUUUCUUCUCCGCUCACCGCCCGCAAUGCCCUUGGCGAAUGCAUAUGACGUCUCUGUUGUUGGAUGGCAGCACUCGAAGAACUUCCGUGGAUAGAUUCCAUGGCCCCGUCAUCUUCUUCUGCGCAGGACCAUGCUGACUCUCAGCCUCCGACGGUCGCUGCUUUCUCUCCUACUACCAUCUCUGGCUCAUCAUUAACCUCGAGACAACGCUCAAGUAUCAUUGUACACCGCAAGUCCCCUCUUCUAGUAGCCACUCCGCCUCAAAUAACCCGCGCUUUGGCUUAUUCGCACCCCUUCAUUCUACCCCUAAAUAAACUCGUGGGCUUGCUCACAUGGACAACUGGGGACGGAUGGCAGAGCUUCCUACUGGUGGCCGUGUUUUGGACCCUGGUCCUUUAUGGCGAGGUCAUCAUCUUGUGGGCAGGGCCAGUCCUGCUGGUGGUCGGGCUCAUUCUGGGCAUGUACUGGAGACGAUACUCGCCCUUGUCCUCUAGGGCUCACAUUGCUGAGAAGCAGAGCCAUCAAAGAGCCAUAUCCGACAGCUCUCCUCAUGGCAAUGAGACUCUAGAUGAGAUUGUUGAAACUCUUAGGACAUUCACAACUCGGUGCAACAUACUGUUGGAACCUCUCGUGGAGCUGACCGAAUUCUUAUCAACGCAAAGGACGGCUACAUCUGCUACCACCCGGCCAGCUCUUACUACUCUCUUCUUCCGAAUCCUAUUUGUGACGCCUAUCUGGAUUGCUUUGACCCUCCCGCCAUUGUAUUUGAUAACCACUCGUCGCGUAGUCAUGAUCUUUGGCACUAUCAUCAUCACCUAUCACUCCCGACCGGCAAGGGUCUGUCGAGUCAUCCUAUGGCGUUCAUUGACCAUCCGCAAAAUCUGUUCAAUGAUCACUGGACUGUCUUUCUCGUCGGAUGUGGAAAAGACAUUAUCAGCCGUGAUGCAAAGCCACGGGCAUGCGGUCAACAUCGCCACGAGACGGCGCGGGGAUUCCUCCGGCGUCCGAUUCACGUUCAUCAUCUAUGAGAACCAGCGUCGCUGGCUGGGCAUCGGUUGGACGUACUCUCUCUUCCCCUCCGAGCGUGCUGCUUGGACCGACGAGCAUUUGAACCCGGUACCUUCAAAGGACGAAUUCGAGCUACCUGGCGUUCAAAGUGGGAAUGCACAGUGGCGGUGGGUCGAUGGCAGCGAGUGGCAUAUCGAAGGGGCCGAUGACCAAAAGGGACACUCCGAUGCCAAGUCAUCUGACGGUGGAGGAUGGGUCUACUACGACAACAAGUGGAAUGAGGGUCGCCGUGGCCAGGACGGCUGGGACCGAUACACACGUCGUCGGAAAUGGUGUCGCGACGCCGAGCUUGUUGAAAUGCCCUCUGCAGCAGCCGAGGGCGUAUCUACAGCAGUGACAUCCGGUCUGUCCCAAGCCUUGGAGGCAGAGAAACAAAAAAAGAAAACAACCGGCACCGUGGAUGCGCGUCCGGCGGAUACUAGCGGCGGAGGCGAUACCGAUAGCCUGGCCCCCUCGACCUCCUCCAAGUCACGGAGACGCCAAUGGUUCGGGAGCACGAAGAGUGUAAGCGACAUCAAGAACAGCAGCUUCUCCUCUGCUCCACCAACAUCCACCAACAACUCCUCCGUUGAUCUUGGAAGAAUAACGUCUGCCAAUAGUACCAAUCCACCACCACCAUCCGGGAGAGCCCCUUCCAGGCCGAUUAAUAUCUCUCACUCUCGAAAACUGUCCAACUAUUCCGGCACCGCCAGUUACAGCAGCAGUCAGGGACCAGAUGGUAGCAUCCGAGAAAAGGAAGUUACUCGAGCGCAGGAUCAGCUGGAUCGAUGGGCUGCCCGAGCCGCAGGAGGAACCGAACGGGCAGAGCGAGAAUUGGGGCUAGGCGACGAGGUUAAUAUGGGAUUGAGCUGAUCUCGGUUCACAAAUCCAUUAUGCAGCAUGGUGCACAGACCUUUCAGAUUGACCAUUGAGUGAAGCAUCUGGCUUUUUAUGACGCCCAUUAGUCGAGUUUGGGCCUCUUGGGCGCUUCGACCAUCUUUGUCCUGUACUUACGCCGCGACGACAUGAAGAUACCCCUACAAUUCUAGCCAAAUAUAAAUGUGCUGGUAAUUCAAACUUUGGCGCCGUCGCC